AUGGUGAACGUUGUAAAGGGCGUUCUGCUGAAGUGCAGCGACGCUGCCAUGAAGCAGUUCAUCAAGCACCUGGACGAGACGAACGCCCUGGGCAGGAAGUUUAUUCUCCACGACCUGGACGACAUACACCUGUUCGUUAGCGGGGACGUGUCACGUGCGCUGCAGCAGAAGCUGGACGAGCUAAUGGACAGAAACUCUUACUCCGAGUACAGUGGAGACGCUGCUGGACCUCGUGUGAGAAAAGAGUGA